AUGGAUCCUGAAAUGGACGUGGAUGCCCCAGAGCCUCGUGGCACCAAACGGGCAGCUGAAGAAGAUGAAGCGUCGAAAAAACCUAAAAGAAUCAGAGCUCUUGAUCCCGAUGUUGUGAACAAGAUCGCCGCUGGGGAGAUUAUAGUAGCUCCUAUGCACGCUUUGAAAGAACUAAUCGAAAAUGCAGUCGACGCUGGCUCGACAUCCCUCGAAAUUCUUGUCAAAGAUGGUGGACUGAAACUGCUGCAGAUCACAGACAAUGGCCACGGCAUAGACCGGGAUGAUCUACCCAUUCUAUGUGAAAGGUUCACCACCUCGAAGUUAAAGCAGUUCGAAGACUUAUCAUCCAUUGGCACGUACGGUUUCCGAGGUGAGGCAUUGGCCAGUAUUAGCCAUAUAGCUCAUCUCACCGUAACUACCAAAACUGCUGGCUCAAGUUGUGCCUGGAGAGCACAUUACAGUAAUGGAAAGCUUGUUGCUCCCAAACCUGGGCAGCCUGCUGCCCCCAAAGCCACAGCCGGACGAGGUGGCACUCAGAUAACUGUCGAGGACCUUUUUUACAAUGUCCCAACAAGGCGGCGAGCAUUCCGUUCAGCGAGUGAGGAGUAUGCCAAGAUACUUGAUGUUGUUGGCCGUUACGCCGUACACUGCUCUGGCGUGGCCUUCUCCUGUCGCAAACACGGCGACUCUGGAGUGAGCAUCUCAACGCCGGUGACUGCCAACACCAUCGACAGAAUUCGCCAGAUUCACGGAAGCGCUGUAGCCAACGAACUUGUUGAAUUCAAGUCCGAGGACCGAAAGCUAGGAUUCCGCUCUUCUGGCUAUGUUACAAAUGCGAAUUACCAUGUCAAACGCACCGUUAUCCUUCUAUUCAUCAACCACCGCUCUGUGGAGUCCACAGCAGUAAAGCGAGCAAUUGAGCAGACCUACUCGAGUUUCUUACCCAAAGGCGGACACCCAUUUGCCUAUAUCGACCUGGAAAUCGAACCGCAUCGCGUAGACGUGAAUGUCCAUCCAACAAAGCGCGAAGUCAACUUUCUAAACGAGGAUGAGAUCAUCGAGUGUAUAUGCCAGGAGAUUAAGUCAAAUCUUACCCAGGUUGACUCAAGCCGAACGUUCCUGACGCAAACUCUUCUUCCUGGCGUUAGAACAAUGGAGCCGGCACCUCGCGACCCCGAUUCGACAGACGCUGAAGGCCGUACUCCUAAAACGCCAGCAACAACGAAGAAGCCAUACGAACAUAAUCUGGUCCGCACAGACUCCAAAGUACGCAAAAUCACCUCCAUGCUAUCACCCGCAGUCCUCAGUGCUACAGAAGCGGAAACAACCUCUGGUAUUCUAGACGAAGGCCUGCAAUACGAAACCACCGAUCGCGAACCACUUCGGAUCGCCCUCACAUCCGUGAAGAACCUGCGCGCAAGCGUCCGCAACGCAAUGCACAACACGCUGACGGAAACCAUCGCCUCCCACACCUACGUCGGCCUCGUCGAUGAGCGACGACGCAUAACAGCCAUCCAAUCAGGAGUGAAACUCUACCUCAUCGACUAUGGGAUGUUCUGCAACGAGUUCUUCUACCAAAUCGGACUCACAGACUUCGGCAACUUCGGCGUCAUAAAACUAGACCCAGCACCUAAGCUCAUCGAUCUCCUCCAGAUUGCAGCCGACGCCGAACGAGAAGCCCCCAGCAGCCGAAAAGCAAAGUCAAGCGAGAAAAAUGAAAUCUUCGACAACGCACCAGACCUAGUCGCCAGAGCACUCAUAGACAGACGCGAGAUGCUCAAUGAGUAUUUCUCACUCCAAAUCUCUGCAGAGGGCGAACUGCUCUCCCUCCCACUCUUACUUAAAGGCUAUCUCCCGUGUCUGGGAAAACUGCCCCGGUUCCUCCUUCGACUUGGUCCGUAUGUCGACUGGACAAGUGAGGAAGACUGCUUCCGCACGUUCCUGCGGGAGCUCGCGGCGUUCUAUACGCCAGAGCAACUGCCGCCCCCUCCACCACCAGCAGAAAAUGAUGGGAACGAGGUAUCCCCGGAUGUUGAUAUGGAAGAAGAACUCACUAAGAAUCGUCGAUUACAAAUAGCUCGGAUGCUGGAACAUGUGGUCUUCCCAGCGCUUCGAUCUCGCCUAGUUGCGACGAAUCGACUUCUUCGGGGUGUUGUUGAGGUAGCUGAUUUGAAGGGUCUAUAUCGUGUUUUUGAACGGUGUUGA